AUGGACUUCCCGCGACUCUCGCCUCCUUCGAUCAACGUGCAUGAUAUCAGUACUCGUUUUGAUUAUCCCGGCUCUACCGAAAGAGCCCCGCAUAGUAUGCCUGGUCACUCAUAUUCACCCAACGGGCCCAUGCCCAUUCCAACUAACUCAAUAGCUACGUUUGCUCCUCCGCCGUUACCUCCACCGCCACGCAUCAGCGACUUAGAAAAUGGAUAUGAUGCUGGCUGGCUGCAUGCUAACCCCAGAAACUUACCCGGAGCAGCUAAACUUGCGCCAAUUAGUCCCAGUUCGAGUUUAUUUGGGGGUCAUCGUCGUCCCGAACCUGUUCCCCAAAGUGAUCAAAUGGCAAUAGACGAAUUAGAUGGCAGGCAAAGUGGCUUGCCUAUUUCUAGGAGUCCUGAAGCCCACAUAAAAAUCGAGCCACCGCCGCCUGCCGACGAAGGUUUUCGCAGCUCAGUAUUGAUCAACAAUGCUAGUCCAAUCCUGAAAGGCGAGCGGGACUUCUCACGGCGAAGUGUGAAGGACUCGUCAGAUGCAUAUGACCAACAUCUCUUAUCCAAGAUAGGAAAACCGCUUUCUCCACGGCAAUCAAUCAGCCUUGGUGCGGAGAACAAAAACUCUCUUUCGACUCUUCCCAUCCCGUCCCGGAAUGUUGGAAGUUUGUCCUCUCCUGGAGGCUCUGACGGCCCUACACUCGAUGUCAGGUGGUCUACUGGCUCCCACUCUGGUGCUAUUUCACCUGGCACCAAAAUUGGCUGGAGAGAUUAUAUUGGGUACCGAAGCCCAAGUGUUGAAAGCAGCGCCCCAUCUUCAGCGGUGGAUUAUGAUCAUUCAGCCUAUCUACGUGAUGUAUCCCGCCGCCGGGGGGGUGGAACGACACCCCAAUACGAGGAGACGCUUAGUCUUCCUAGUCGAUCGAAUAGAGGGAGCUAUGACCAGGGCGUCUUUUCGGACAUUGAGGGCGACUUUUCCACGGAUGAAUCCUUGCCACCUCGAUUAUUUAAUGUUCGGGAAGCAACCCCACCGUAUCUGGAAGCUUCAAAACCGGGCAUGAAGCGAAGGGCGUCUUCUCCUCCUCGUGAAUUGAUAGGUGAUGAUAGACAUAUGCUCCAUAUAACUACUAGUAAUGGUGACCCCGCUCAACGACGAACAACUGGUCACCCAUUCACAAACAAUCUUUCCGUCAAUGGUGGCUAUCCCCCCAGCCACGGAAGCAUCUCAGCUGCUUCCUCCCUUAGCCUCCGAACAUCUGGGUCGUAUUCAUCAACAGCUCUUUCGGCCGGGGGAAGUAGUAUGACAAGUAUGUCAGUGUAUGACCGCCCGUCGCCCGGAGGGCUUUCACCAAACUCCGAUGGUGAUCUAUUUAGCGACAAAUCAGCUCUCCACCCUAGCUCUCCUGGUGGAGCCAUCAGCCCAUCUGUUGCAAGAGCUGCUCAGGGCCAGAGCACAUUGGAGUCCUCAGGCAACAACUCUGCGCGGAAAAUGUCUUUGCAAACGAGUCUUAAUGCGCCAAAGCCAGCAGGCCCCAAGAUGGGCGGGCUGUAUAUAUGUGACUGUUGUCCUAAGAAACCUAAGAAGUUUGACAACCCAGAAGAACUGCGGUAA